CAGGCACUUAAAACCGAAGUGACAUAUAGAUAAAAUAAAAAAAAGAAGUGCGUGUAUACUUAGGUGAUGAUAUUACCUCGUUCGACCUGAUUAAUAUUAUUAAACUGACACAGAUUUUCACUGUAUACACGAUAUACAUGUAAGUACUAGACCAUCCGGCCCUUGCUAAUAACCAUACUCCAGAAGGAAGGAUUAUAUCUGUGAUUUCCUACGAUUGUCAACACGUAUUCAAGGUGGUAUUUUUCAUGUACCAUAAUUGAAGUAAACGUCUGCUAUUACAAUCGAUUCAGAUGGACUCGCACGAAUAACAUCUUUAAAGGAGACGUAUGAACCAAUAUAAUGGCUCUAUCACAUAUUGAUCCACGUAAUGCUAGACUACUAUUGUGAUUUACAACCAAGGUCAGGACAAGGCAAUACCAGGAGAAUACACAUACAGGUAUCCUUCACAAUAACGUUAGCAUCAUGAUUUAUGUAGGCCUAUGCUAUGGAUAUUAAUGUUGAUAACAACAUCCACGUAAUAUUAAAAUGAGCCCAUGUCACUUGGCAUGUUCAUGCUCAGGGAAAUAGUUUAGUUUGAACAAAUUCGCACCUCUUGGAAGAAAAUCUGUGAUACCGAGCUGCCAAUAGUAUAACCUGCAUUAUGGGUGAGAUGAUGAUAAGACGUGAACGUUAUGCGGACAGGGUGUUGUUGGUGAAUGACGACAUCGAUAUCAUGGAUAGGGGUGAUGCGACAACAACCAGCACGAUGCAAGACGAGAUGUGUGAAGUAGAUAGUGCUGGAACAUCCAAAGAAGCUGAAGAUUCAGACACUCGUUGGAAAUAUGCUAGGAAAUAUGUAAUUGGAAAAACGUUUGCUCUUGGAUUUACAUGGCUGCUUUGGGGUGGUUUUUCCAGCUUAGUAACAACAACUUUACCAGACAUAAGGAUGCGAGUAGACGUGGAUUAUGAAGAACUGUCUAGGGCAAUGGCAGCAGGAAGUAUAGGCGCCCUCUUUGGGCAUCCUGUUGGUGGAGUCGUUGCUGACAGAUGGGUUAGAGCUCGUGAUCUUCAUAUCAUAGUAUUCUGCAGUCUACAAGUGUUCACCGUUGCUAUUAGACCUUGGGUGCGCCAUCUAUGGGUACUUGGGGUACUCACCUUCUCAGAGGGUUUUUUCUCAGGAUUCUUUUCUAAUGGUAUGAACAACAUGUUUGAUAGAUUGUGGGGAGAACGCGUAGCGGGUCCUCGUCAUGCGAUGUCAACUGUUUGGACAGUUGGGGAACUUGUUGCUCCUUUACUCUGUCGGCCAUUUUACUUGAAAAGCGAGGGAGACAUUAUUCCAACAGAGGGACUCGCGAAUGCAUCUUCAGCAAUAACAAACUCAAGUGUAAUCGUCCAAGAUUGUUUACUAGGAACGCAAGACAAUAAUGUAACUAUUGUAAAUCACAAUUUAAGUCUGCCGGUGAUUAACACUAUGAAUGCAACCUUGACAAGUAUGAAUCUCACAAACUGUUCACUAUAUGCAGGCGUAAACAUGACAGGAAACAAUACAUCAAAUAACACGAUGGAUGAGGAAAUAUGGACAGCUAUAGAGUACCCAUACCUGAUAUUGACAGUGUUUACAAUUUUUCCCAUUAUUGCAGUAUGUGGGUUUUAUUACAAAGACAGGACAUCCGGUGAAAAGUAUUAUGCAAAAUCCGCGCAUCUGGACAACCACAAGCGUGGCCAUGAUGAAGAUAAGCCAGUACCAUUGCGUCAAAUAUUUUCCUUUAAACGUUGUGGUCAAGGAAGUAAUGCAUUCGGAGGUAUACUAUUCCUGCUCAUAUGUCUGUAUUACUUCACUUUAUGCUUCACAGCUACUCCAUUCGGAAAUUUUAUCAUGGCAUAUUCAGUUGACACACUUGGUUUCACUAAAUCAGAGGCUUCUCUACUGAUAAUGUCGCAAAAGAUAGCCGGCUCAUACAAAGGAGAAAAAUUUAAGAAUAAUCUAGAACCUGUUGAACUUGAUGAACUUGUAGAAAAUGAUGAAGUGCCGUUAUUGUCAGAGGGUACGGAAGAAAAUGAGGAUGUACUACAGUAACAAUAUUUUGAUAAAACCUUAAUUUUUGGUAAAAACUAAAUCCAACACAUGUGAAAUAUGAAGCGUUUAAUCUGUUUCCCAGGAUUUAAACCACAUUUCAAAAUAAAAUUCUUAUUUCUUAUGUGUGUAUCAUCCGAGAAACCUGCGAUAAAUUCAUUGGACACUAUGGUGCUAUUUUCAAAUUUUAUUUUGUGAUUUCCGAACUGCAAUUCACGAAAAGAAAACUAAAAGGGAAAAUAUGUUAUUUUCCAAAGUAAAGCAUUUGGUCGAAAAUAUAUGCCAAAUGAAUAUUUAAACUCACAAAAAUAUUUAUUCUUUGAUGUAUUUUAUUUGUCACAUCUCAAUCUAAAUGAUGAGCUGUUAUGAUUGGUCAGAUCACGUCACAUGAUCAGUUGAUAUAUCAAUUUAUCACAUCUCAAAAUAGAAUUAUGGACUCUGGUUGUUUAGAUCACGUAACAUGAUCAGUUGAUAAUUGAAUAUAACACAUUGAAAAUCCCGGAUUUGCUAUGUGAUAUUGUUGAAAUUAAUUCCUGGAUGGACUACGUGAUAAUGUUAAAGAACCCGGAUGGGCUAUAUGAUAUUUCAUCUCAAUAGGCAAUAAUGGCAUUGGAGACAAUGUUGCUCAACUGGUAGCACGUAUUUGUCGACAUAAAUAUUAUGUAAUUUCAUUAUCAAGACAGUUAUGAAUUGUUUUGUAUUUAAAAUAUGUCAUGUUUUAUCAAUAAAAAAAACUAUUCAGAUGUUCACGAAAUAAUCACUCUGUAUUUCAAAUAUGUUAAGUGCUGUGAUAAUAUAUUUUAUGUGAUAAACAGAUUAUUUUUUUCGGAGAAUACUUUUUUACAUUUUUAAAUCAAAAUGUUUUAAAGAACUGAGAGAUAUAUUUAUUUCUGAAGAUUGGUACAAUCAU